AUGGAUGUGUUGGCGAAUAUUGACCCGACCUCGUCGAAUAGCACGACGGCCGAUCCGUUUCGUCCGUCGUUCUUUGAGCUGAUCGCGCAGGAGCAGCUGUCGGACUUGCUCAAGCCGGCGAUUCGGUACGUCCUCACUGUCCUAGCGCAGCGCCAUCCACGGUAUUUGCUCCGCAUUGUGCACCGAUUUGACGAGCUGUACAUGGUGCUUAUGCUCGCUGUAGAGCGGCACUACUUGCGUACAUGGAACGCAUCGUUCACAGAGCACUUUUAUGGCUUGCGUCGGCGACGCCGUCCAGCUGUAUCGACGCAGCGCCUCGACGCGAGUGUGCCGCCGAACAAGCUGCAAGCAGCGCGGCAGCUGCGCGACCGCGACGUGAACUGGUCGGUCUUUUUCCUCGUGGGUCUGCCGUACCUCGAGGCCAAGGUCACAGACUACUGGGAGCGCAUGGGCGGCGGUGCGGUCGUCGAUGGAGACGACUUGUGGGGAGACGACGACGACGACGACGAGCCUCAUCCAGCUCGGCGAGAAACGCUCGAGGAGCGCCGUCGUCGACAGUGGAUCUCUCUUGUGCGCCGCGGGUAUCCGUAUGCCCAAGUGGCCUUCCAGCUGUGGAUGCUCGCCUACCACAUCCGCUACCUGUUUGGACGCACGCCGUACUGGCGCCCAUGGCUCGCGGCGAUGCGUGUCGACGUGCGCCGGGCGAUGGGCAACGAGGCGCCGUUGCGUGUCGGCGCCUCAGCGCAGCGCCUGCCCCCCUUCACGCGGUAUCCAUGUCUGUUCGCGUACCUCGUUGCGUGCAAAGGCACAGCGCGUGUGCUGGACGCGCUCAAGUACGCACUGCCCGCCGCCAUCUUUGUCUUUAAAUUUCUCGAGUGGUGGUACAGCCCACAGAACCGCCGGCGCCGUGGCGACAGUGAUGGCGACGCGAUCAAGCGUAUUGGCGCGCCGGCCAUCUUGCCGCCGAGCCCCCAGGGCGUCGUGUAUGCGCCGCUGCCGACGUACCGCGCGCCGCCUGUGCUCUUCCGGCACGAGGGCGCCGAGGUGGCGCAGGACGCGUCAGCGCCCGUGCUGCUCCACUAUAGCUGCCCGCUGUGUGGCGCGGCGCCGAUGCACAAUGCGAGUGUCUUGGCGUCGGGCUAUGCGUGUUGCUAUGCAUGUGCGACAGACUAUGUCGACAAGUGGCACAGGUGUCCUGUGACGCAUAUGCCUUUGCCGGGUGGCGUGGAGCAGAUCCGGCGGGUGCUCGUCUAG